UAAUGAAUUUUAUUGGCUUGUGGUUAAAAUCUAAAAAUUGUACAUUUUCAAAGAAUAUUAUUUUUUAGAAUCACAUUCAUGUUUCUAAAUUCUUACAUGUUUUAACUCGGUUUAAACUGUAAAAGAUAAUUAUGUCACGAAUCAGUUCACACAAUUUUGCAAUCCAGACUUGCUCACCUUCGUUGAUGAUUCACGAUAUACGGUUCUUUGACAACAAAAACAAAGCAACGGAGGCAGACCAUUUCGCUGAAGCUACAAAUCGUAUUGAGUGCUAUAAGCAGAUACUGCUGCCGAAUUGAAGUGCUUUUUAUAAAAGAUUCUGCCUUACUCAGCAACGAAAUUGUGUUGUUUCAAGAUCUACAUAAUUCAAUAAAUUAUUAAAUAUUCGUUUUUAAAUUUAAAACAAUUUUAUUUUUCGAACAUGACAGUUAUAGAUCCGGCUUUUGAAGGAGUAGGACAAACGCCAGGUUUGACAAUCUGGAGAAUAGAAGAUUUUGAAGUAAAAAGUGUACCUACAAGUGAAUAUGGGAAUUUUUACAGUGGAGAUUCUUAUAUUGUUUUAAGUACAAAAGAGACCAAAAGUGGCAAAUUAGAAUGGAAUAUCCACUUUUGGCUUGGUGAAGAAACUUCCCAGGAUGAAUCGGGUACUGCUGCAAUCAAAUCUGUGGAAUUGGAUGAUGUACUGGGAGGAAGCCCAGUUCAACACCGUGAAGUACAAAACUUUGAAUCUGCUUUAUUUUUAUCUUAUUUCAAGAAAGGUAUAAGGUACUUGAAAGGUGGUAUAAAAUCUGGCUUUCAUCAUGUUGAAAAUGUGCCUGUGAAACGCUUCUUGCGAGUAAAAGGACGUCGUAAUGUUCGGCUUAAUGAAAUGCCAAUUGAAGUGAGUUCUAUGAACAUAGGCGAUUGCUUUAUUUUGGAUAGUGAGCCUAAUGUGUUCAUCUAUGUAGGACCUCAGAGUGGUCAUAUGGAGAGAAUCAAGGCUAUUCAAGCUGCUAAUGCUAUCCGAGAUGAUUUACAUGGUGGGAGGAGUGAAGUUAAAAUCAUUGAUGAAAACUGCUCUUCAAGCGAGAUCCAAGAGUUCUUUAAUGAGCUUGGUGGGGGCUCACCUAAUGAUGUUGCAGAGGGAACAAGUGAUGAUGAUAAGAAAUUUGAAGCUAAUUUUGAGUCUAAAAUUGCAUUAUACAAAAUCUGGGAAAAUGAAUCUGGAGAACUUCAGCAUGAGCUUGUAUCAGAGAAACCUUUGAAACAAGAGUAUCUGCAGUCUGAUGAUUGUUUUUUGUUGGAUGGUGGAAUAAAUGGUUUGUUUGUAUGGAUUGGCAAAAAUUCCAGCCGAGAAGAGAGAAUUGGAGCCAUGAAAUUAGCUAAUCAGAAAUAUAUAGAAAUGAAAGGAUAUCCGAAAUGGUUGCAAGUGAAGAGAGUCAUUCAGUAUGCUGAACCUCCUCUAUUCAAAUCAUACUUUUCUGUUUGGAAAGAGCAGGAUGAUGAAAUGACUAUGGGGCGUUAUUUUGCUUUGGAGCAAGCAAUGGAAGAUGAAGAUAGUAAGAAGAAAUGUGCGCUGUAUGCAAAAAGUGUCGGUAAAGCCACAAGCUUUAUGCCUGAUGAUGGUUCUGGUGAAAUUGAGAUUUGGAGAGUGGAUAACUUUGAUCUUGUACCUGUAGAGGAAUCACAGAAAGGGAUAUUUUUUGGAGGAGAUAGUUAUAUUAUCAAGUAUACUUAUCAUGCGAGUGGGGAACAGCAUAUUUUAUAUUUUUGGCAGGGCCAGUCCAGUUCCCAAGAUGAAAGAGCUGCUUCUGCCAUGCUGACAGUUAAAAUGGACAAUGAACUAGGAGGCAAGGCUGUACAGGUCCGUGUUGUCCAUGGACAGGAACCAGAGCAUUUCUUACGCGUUUUUAAGGGCCGCAUGGUUAUUUUAAUGGGUGGCCAUGCAAGUGGUUUCAAGAAUAUUCAUGAUCAUGAUUCUUUUGACAUGGACGGCACUCUCCUUUUUCAAGUUAGAGGGACCAAUGAAUUCAACACUCGGGCAGAGCAGGUUCCAGAAAAAAGUGAUUCACUGAACUCGAAUGAUGUUUUUAUUUUAGAGACACCAUCAGUUACUUACUUAUGGAUUGGACAAGACUCUAAUGAAGAAGAACAUAAUAUGGGCCAAAAUCUCACUGAGAUUGCUUCACCUGGAAGAGAAGUUAUUGAAAUAAAAGAAGGAGAUGAGCCUGGUGAAUUCUGGGAUGCUUUAGGUGGAAAGACAGAGUAUCCUAAGUCAAAGGAUCUGCCAUCUCGACCAUUCUUGCAGCCAAGACUCUUCCGAAUUUCUGAUCAAACAGGAAAAGUAAAAAUGGAAGAGAUCUGUAAUUUUACUCAGGAGGAUCUGGCUGAAGAUGAUGUAAUGAUUCUGGAUUGUGGAGAUGCCAUUUAUGUAUGGGUGGGUCAAGGAGCUAAUCAAGAAGAAAGAGAGGCAUCUUUGAAAAUGACAGAAGAUUAUGUCCAUGGAGAUCCAACUGAUAGACACCCAGGGAACACUGUCAUUAUAACUGUUAAACAAGGUGCUGAACCUGCUGCUUUCAAGUUGUAUUUUGGAGAGUGGAAUGCAGAUCUCUGUCAGGAACUUUCCAAAUUAGCUUUGAAGGUCUGAAGCUUUCUUUUCCUGUUUUCAAUUCUGCAUUGAUUAUCAUUUUACCUUUAUUCUUUAUUUAUCUUUCAAACUUCGUUUGUUUUGUGCAAGGAGGCUGAGCUUGCUGCUUAAACUAAAUAUUGCGGUGCAAAUGCUUAUAUUUUUAACUGUGAUAUAUUUUGUUGUAAUCAAAGUAUUAUAUAAGAAAUCAAUUUUCUUUUUAUAUGCACAAUGUUAUGGACUGUUAUGCUGAUUUUUUAUGCAAAAACUUAUUAUAGUGAAAGCAUAAGAGGUAUAUACUGGAUAUUCACUCUAAUCUUGGCCUUAUAACUAAUUUCUAAACUAUUAGAUAUUGGCAUAGAUUUCAGUUUAGGAAUUUCUUGAAAUAUUUGUAGAAAUUAUGUUUUGUUGUUUGUAUCAUUAAAUAUCCUGUUGAAAAGAUGUAAAAUUUAGAAUUUUUAUAUAGCCUUUUGAUUUUAUCACUCAAAAAUAAUUAGCAAUUUAAGAGAGAGAGAGAGAGACUCCUCUAAAACUAAAAUUGACUGAAUCAUCCUCGAGAUACCCUUGAAAUGAUCUAAAAUAUUGAUAUAUAUGUUUCAUAACCUCGCUCUGUCGAAUUUCAGAAGAGAUCCUUAUUUAUUUAAAAUAGUGUGUCAUGAAUAUUUUACUAGCGAAUAGGAUUAGAGAAUUUGAAAAAUGUAAAUAUAACUUUUUAGCAGUACAUAUUAUGAUUCAAACAACUUAUAUAAUUUUGUACUUUAUUUAAAGAAUCAGUUUUUUCGUGGCAUAAUUUCUUUUAGAAAUUAACUUUUGGGUAACUGUUAGAGUGAAUACAUAUAUUUGCAUGUACUUAUAUUUUUAAGUGUGGUAUUAUAUAGUUCUUAAAGUAUUAAAUUUUAUAAAUGAUAUAAACAAUGAAAGAGAUGUAUUCAUUGAAGUAUUAUAUUCUGAAAUAAUGCUUUUACCGUGUUGUUUUAUUUAAACGUUAUUCUCUUUUAAUGGACAAUGAUUGUACAAUAAUUUUCCUUGUUUAAAAUUUGUACAUUUUAAAAGCCUUUGGAAUAUGAGCAUUUUUACUUAUUCAAGUCAGGGAGAAAGAGAUCUGCUUAUUUUUUAAAAAGUGAAUGUGUAUUUUUAUAGUGAUUGUAUAAUUUAUCCAUAUAUUGACUAUAAAGCAAAAUGAUCAAAAAUUUUCAUUGUAUAAUGACUGAAUGUAUAAUGUUAUAAGAAAAAAAAAUGAGACUUCAUAUGCAUUAUUAUUUUAAAGUGCUAUGAAAUUUUUUGAUACUACUUAACGUCCAUUUAUUACACCUUUAUACUUAGAUAUUGGUUCAAAGAUAUGUAAAUUUCUGCAUUAUGAAACACAUUGUAUAUAAUUAUUUCAGUAUAUGUUUUAUACAAAUUAUUUAAUAUUUUUGAAAAUAUAUUGGCUGGAAAAUACUUAAUUAUGUGCAAUAAAAAAUGAGAAAUAUCUUAUUUGCUUAAAAAAAAAAAAUCUUUACAUUUUUUUUUUUUACAAAGAAUAAUUUGCAGAAAUCUAUAUUUAAUAUUCUUAAAUGGAGUAAUAUUCUUAGUCCUAUUAUUAUUUGUAUAAUAUUUUAAUAAACAGAAAUUGAGCUUUAAGAACUAAUAGUAUAUAUAUAUAUCAAAUCAUUGAAGUUCUUAGUUAAAAAUUUGUCUACAUAGUUUAUUUAUUUUGUAUAGCUUGUGUUUCAUCAUUCAUUCCUUAAAAGUGAAAAAUAAGUGUUCAAAUUGAAAUUCUUUUAGAAAUUUUAAUCAUUAAUUUACAUAUAUUUUUUACUCUUCUUUUUCUGUCCCUAGACUAUUCAAAGUUAAUGAAGUGUGAAUUAAACUCCAUUUUUAUUAUACUCAAGAUAAUAUUUCUGCAAUGUAGAGGUGGUUUAGAUUAAUAAAAUAUUUUUUAUGCUUU